AUGCAUGUUUGCUUUGGUUGGUGUCUAUCCUUCUUGGACAUCAAGGAUGCUUUCCUAUUGGUGCCUCAGCGUGAAUGUGUCCUGGUGAGCGUUCCUACGUGGUGGAAACCUGAAGAACAGGUCCCUGGAGUGGAUUGCUUUUGGGUUUUGGAUCGUGUGCUUCCUGGGCAGCGUAAUGGUGCAGCUCGAUUCUUUGACUUCUUGGCGCAGCACUUGCAAGCCCUGGAGUUUGAGAACACGCCCCUGUUGCCUAGUCUCUUUCGACACCGCACUCGACAACUGGUGCUGUGCUCCCACGUGGAUGAUCUGAUCCUAUGUGGAGAAAAGCCUGAUUUUCUUUGGCUCAUGGAGGUGGGAUAUUCAACACAGCGUUCGACAUUUGGCUCAAUGAAUGGCAAAGCGUACGCGACUUCCCAAAGCUGGAGUUCGACAUGUGAUCCUCUACUUGGCUGGCACAAAUCCUAUGCAAUGCUGCUUCCCUACAAGGUCUUUGGCAGCAAACUGGAUUCAAUUCACGGAAGAGAUGGAACUGAAGAGCCGUGCGAGAAGGUGGAAGUCUUCACAGACUCAGAUUGGGCUGGUGACCAAUCAAGCUCUACAACAAGGAGGAGACUCUCAGUUUCAUCGGCUGUGAUUUUCCUGAAUGGGCGACCAGUGACAUCAUGGUCGAGAUCACAACGAUCAAUUGCCCUCAGUUCAUGCGAGAGCGAGUACCUCUCUGCGGUUGGUGGUGCGGCAAAAGGUCUUUACAUUGGAAGACUAUGGAAAUUCCUUACACGAAAGGAAGUGGCUGUGAGCACGGUCACAGACUCCAGCAGCUGCAGGGCAUUUUCUCAACGGCAAGGAGUUGGACGGCUGAAGCACAUUGACGCAAAGUUCCUUUGGGUGCAACAACGACUCAAAGAAGGAGCUAUGGCAAUGGAAGGAGUUCCUACACUUCUCAACGUGGCCGACAUGGGAACAAAGAGAUUGAGGCGAGCAUUUCUGAUGUACCUGAUGGGCAUGGUGCAGUACGACGAAGCGAGCGAUUCAUAUGUGGCCGUUGGCGAAUUGGAAUUCGCUGGAGAGCUUCGCCGGAGAACCAUGGCCAAGAACAUGAAGAGUGUGAAAAAGGUGAUGAUGAGCACUUUGGUAGACAGUGCUGAAGUAGGCAACCCUGUGACUUCAACCAACCUGGUGAAGCUGGUGACGCUGAUGGCAAUGCAGCCGAUGGCGAAUGGAUUGGAGAUGGACCAGGUGGAAUUGCAAGCGACUGAGGCGAAGGACUCGAUCUAUGAGAUCUUCGGUCAGGCAUUUGCGAAGACCGCCGAUGGUAUGGACGACUGGGACCCGCUCAGUCAAGAGCUUAGGCAGUUUCGAGUCCACGAACGGCCUCAAGAUGCGGAUUCUGGUGAGGAGUAUUUCAGGGAGACUCCAACUGGUCUGGCUAGGAGCCGAACGAAAGUGGCGAAUCAUGCAGAGAAUGAAGAGGCGGAUGCGGAAGUUCAAACAGACAUUUCGCUGGUGAACACACCAACAUUUCCAGCGGCUCUGAGUGAGAAGAGUGGUGACGUCCCAGAUUUGCCAAUGGUGGGACUGGACCUGCACGACAUCAACGUGCUGCUGGCUCAUUUCCCUCCUGGUCAACGCAAAAGAGCUGAGAGAAUCAGGGAAGUUUCACUGUUCUCUGAACAGAUGACACGCACUGCUGUUGAUGACUGUCAGUGGCUCAAAUGUGACGCAACAAAGGUGCUCCACUGCGCUGCGCUCUGCCUAACACAGCUGUUGUUUGCUGACGACCUUAAGAUGGUAGCAGCAGGGGAAGACAAGUACGAUCGCAUUUGGUACAUGCUCAUGUUGUGGCUGAUGCUUGGUACACCAUGCCGGUGGCCGAAGUUCAGAGGCGAAGUGUGUUUACAGUUCGUGGGAUUGGACUACUGCAAAUUUGAAGUGGGGUUGUCCGAGAGGAGGACCAACUGGAUCGUCCAGUGGGUUGAGACAGCCCGUCAGAAUGGAGGAUCAUUCUUGUGGGCUGAUCCGAAGAAAUCCCGCUGGUUCUCCUUCGAGGUAGGAUCACGCCCCCGGCAAGUGACUUUGGAAGCGGGAACUGAUAACCUGGCAACAGAGCACAUCACCAGGUUGCGAUGGCGACCGGGAGAAACGAAUGAGGAAGCGGAUGACCUGACGAAUUUGAAAUUCGAUCGUUUCUACCCGCAUCCGCGCCAUGAAGUCAGUUGGAAGACGUUGGACUGGUCCAUGAUGGACGAGCUUCUGAAACUCAGGUUUAACAUUUUGAACCUGCUACUUUUUGGUCUGCUUGCUUGCGUGCUGCGGUCUGGUAUCAACUUCGUGAAUGGCCCUGUCACACAAAGGAAUGUGUCCGUCUCUGCGGCAGCUCAAGGCUACUUUCCUGUGGGCAAUGCGAAGCAGACAGCGCCUUAUGGCGAACGUGACCCGCUUCCAGAGGGUUAUGGCAUUCGCACAGGCCUUUCAGACUUAUUGAAACCAUUGAAUGCUGAAGCAGGUGUUGUUGCCAAGGAGGACAGCAUCCCUACCAUUUUGGUGAUGCUUACAGGCAUUGUGCUGCUCAUCCUGUUCUACCUUUUGCUGCUCCUCAUCGACAACCAGUCAGUGCUGCUCCCCCCUGAGGAUGAGUUCGAUGAGUACGUGGCGAACUUUUUGCCGUACUUUUUCUUUGGCGAGAAAUGA